UCGGCCCCUCCCCCACCUCGCGCAGAAGCUGGAGCGCCAUGACGUCAGCACGUCGGCCAACGAGAGAGGCGAGGCGAGGCGUGGUAGGGCGUGGUCAGGUUUAGCGUCGGCGUCUCGCGAGGGCUUCCUUCUACUCUGGGCACAAGCGUGAGGCUAGCUCUUGCUCGUCUCUGGUUCGGGGUCGCCGCGGCUCCUUCCUGGAUCCCUCGUCCUCCGCUGUUGUUCAGGAUGUACCACAACAGCAGCCAGAAGCGGCACUGGACCUUCUCCAGCGAGGAGCAGCUGGGGCGCCUCCGGGCAGACGCCAACCGCAAGUUCAAGUGCAAAGUGGUGGCGAACGGGAAGGUUCUGGCAAAUGAUCCAGUCUUUCUCGAACCUCAUGAAGAAUCAGUAAUCUGUAAAUAUUAUGAGAAAAGACUGUUAGACUUCUGCUCCGUAUUUAAGCCUACAAUGCCAAGGUCUGUUGUGGGUACAGCCUGUAUGUACUUCAAGCGUUUUUACCUCAAUAACUCAGUGAUGGAAUAUCACCCUCGGAUAAUAAUGCUUACUUGUGCAUUUUUGGCUUGCAAAGUAGAUGAAUUUAAUGUGUCCAGUGCACAGUUUGUUGGAAAUCUUCGGGAGAGCCCUCUUGGACAGGAAAAGGCACUUGAACAGAUUUUGGAAUAUGAACUCUUACUUAUUCAGCAGCUUAAUUUUCACCUUAUUGUCCACAAUCCUUACCGACCAUUUGAGGGUUUUCUCAUUGACUUGAAGACUCGUUAUCCACUACUAGAGAACCCAGAAAUUUUAAGGAAAACCGCUGAUGACUUUCUUAAUAGAAUUGCUUUGACAGAUGCUUACCUUUUAUAUACACCUUCACAGAUUGCUCUGACUACCAUUUUAUCCAGUGCCUCCAGGGCAGGAAUUAACAUGGAAAGUUACUUAUCAGAAAGUCUUAUGCUAAAAGAGAAUCGAACCUGUUUGUCACAGUUAUUAGAUACAAUGAAAUGCAUGAAAACCUUAGUAAAGAAGUACGAACCACCAAGGCCUGAGGAAGUUGCUGCCCUAAAACAGAAACUAGAGAAGUGUCACAGUGCCGAACUUGCAUUUAAUAUAAAUGUAAAGAAGAGGAAAGGUUAUGAAGAUGAUGAGUAUGUCUCAAAGAAAUCUAAACUGGAGGAGGAAGAAUGGACUGAUGAUGAUCUUCUAGAUUCCCUAUAACUUCAUGGUUGUUAUCAAAAGUGUUACUUGGAACAUUUAAAGUUAACUACUGAGUUGAGUUGUAAAGUUUACCCCCUUCUGCUAAGAGAUAGGACUUCUUUAUUUUGCUUCAAAAGUAUACAGUGAAAAUAACUCCUAUUCAUUAAACUUUCUAUUUAUAA